AUUCUCUCUUAAAAAACUAUGUUUUCUAGAGCAAACCCUUUUGACGAGUCAGUUAUUGCUGCAACAAACGAAAACCUUACUGUUGAGAACUGGGAACUCAUCUUGGCAGUGACUGAUAAACUUUCUCGAGCUUCUACUGAAAGUGCAAGAGACUGUAUUGCUGCGGUAGAAAAGCGCUUAAAUAACAAAAAUCCUAAUGUUCAGCUUUAUGCUCUUGCUUUGACCGAAGCUCUUGUCAAGAACUGUGAUAUUACUGUACACCGUGAAAUUUGUUCUCGUUCUUUUACAAACACUUUAACAAAACUUGUUCAUGAUAAGACAGUUCAUUCCAAAGUUCAAACAAGAAUCUUGGAGUUUAUCCAAAUGUGCUCCUUUGAAUUUAGAGCAGAUUCUACGCUUGGCUUAAUGAAUGAAGUAUAUCACUCAUUACGUGCUGAAGGCAUUCAAUUUCCUUCACCACAAAAGCCUAAAAAGGAAUUUACUCAGUCUGAACUGGAUAAACAAAAAGAGGAAGAAGAACUUCAACUUGCCUUAGCACUUUCGCUUUCUGAAUCAGAAAACCGCUCAAGCUACAAGUCAUCUGCAACUCCUGCUUCGACUAACCAAACUGCAGCUGUUGCCAAGUCAACAGAAUCUGCUCCUCCUCAAAUUUCUCGAGUCAGAGCAUUGUAUGAUUUUCAACCUACAGAACAAGGUGAACUUGGAUUUGAAAAAGGGGACAUUAUUCGUGUGAUUGAGAGUGUGUAUCGUGAUUGGUGGAAGGGUGAGUUACGUGGAAAGACAGGUAUCUUUCCUGUCAAUUACGUUGAAAAGAUCGUCGACCCUUCGCCUUCUGAUUUACUCAAGGAGGCUUCCGUUGAGAAUGAGGUCAUAAACGAGACUCGCAAUAUUGAUCGCCUGUUGGAGAUGCUUUCUUCAACGGAUCCCCGUAUUAGAGAAUCAUUCUCCGAUAAUGAAGAACUUCAAAACUUGUAUAAUACUACACUUUCCAUUCGACCCAAGUUGGUUAAGUUGAUUGAAAAAUACAGCUUAAAGAAAGAUGAACUUGUUGCUUUGAAUGAAAAAUUCAUGCAAGCUAGAACAAUGUAUGAUGGUAUGCUCUCGAAUUCUAUUGCUAGAUACUCUGCACAGACAGCAGCCCCUGGAGGACCUUAUGGAGGGUACCCACCUUAUGGAAAUUAUGGCUAUCAACCAGGUCAGCCUUAUACUGGUCAACCACAACAGUCUCCUUAUGGAUACCAACAACCACCAUCAUCGCAACCUCAAGUACAAAGCCCUGCUCCUCAAAACCAACCUGCUCAACAGCCUGCUUAUUCUUACAACAAUGAGCAACCUACGCCUCAAAUGAAUGCCACUAACCCUCCUCAGCAACAACAAUCUCCAUAUGAUUAUAAUCAGCAACAACAGGCACCUCAGCAACCAUACCAAGCUUCUUAUGAAAACUAUCAGCCUCCUCCCCCUCAACCUCAGCAACAAACUUCUGAUUAUGGCUAUCCAACAGUAGCCCCUCCUGCUCAUGAUCAUGCCACUUAUUCCCCUGCUGCUCAACAACAACAACAACAACAACAACAAAACUACGCUGCUUAUGCUCCUCCUGCUGUUGCUACGCCUUCAAGUACAGAAGGUUACCCACCUACUCACUACCCACCUCAACAGCCUUAUAUUCCUCAAACCACUAACCCAGGAUAUCAAGCACAACAAAACUAUAAUUAUUAACUAUAUAUAAAUAAAGGACAAUAAGUUUUUUUUUUGGCCGUGCACAUUA